AUGGCGACAACUACAACCUCAUCCUCCCCGACGGCUAGGCCGGCUGACGAGCGCAGCGUGCCUGGCUCAGUCAACAUCCCCAUCGCGACAUGGCCGCCCUCGGCCCGUGACGCGGCCUCACUCGACCCCGCUCCCAUUGCCGCCUCCAUUGUCCGCUCGCUCAACGAAGGCCUUACGGCCAAUGACAUUGACGCCAUAAGUCAGCUCUUCCUCAAGGACAACUGCUACUUCCGCGACCACCUCGCACUCACCUGGGAGCUGCGCACGCUCAAGGGCCGGGACGCCAUCGUGGCGUUCCUGCGCGACGAGGCCAAGGACCGCCUGCAGAAGGUGGAGCUUGACACGACGACAGCUUUCCGAGCCCCUCGCGUCGCCAACCUAGACAACGUAGGCAAUGUCAAGGGCGUCGAGGCCUUUUUCACGUUCGAGACGUCCAAGGGUAGAGGGCAAGGGUUCAUGAGGCUCGCGCAGCAGGAAGACGGGCAGUGGAAGAUCUGGACCUUCUUCACGACGCUGCGGCAGGCGGGCGAGCAUGUCGAGAAGACGCACCACCAGCGUCCGCAGGGCGUCAACCACGGCGCGGACCCGGAGAGGAAGAAUUGGAAGGAGCGGCGCGAGGCCGAGCUGAACUUUGGUGAUGGCUCGGAUCCCACCGUCCUGAUCAUCGGCGCGGGACAAGCCGGACUAUCCUUGCAUGCUCGCUUAAAGGCGCUGGGGGUCUCAUGCCUCAUCGUCGACAGCAACGGGCGCAUCGGCGACAACUGGCGUAAGCGGUACCGGCAGCUCGUCCUGCACGAUCCGGUCUGGUACGAUCACAUGCCGUACCUGCCUUUUCCGUCUACCUGGCCAGUGUUCACGCCCAAGGACAAGCUGGCGGACUUCUUCGAGUCGUACGCCACGCUGCUGGAGCUCAAUGUCUGGAUGGGCAUGGACAUCAAAUCUAGCCAGUGGGAUGACGGCUCCAAGUCGUGGACCGUAGAGCUGCACCGGCGCAGCAAUGGCAAGACGACGACCCUGCGGCCGAAGCACAUCGUCCAAGCGACCGGGCACUCGGGCGAGAUGAACUUCCCCUCCAUCAAGGGUAUGUCUGACUACCAGGGCGAUCUUCUCUGCCACUCGUCGCAGUUCCCCGGUGCCAACCCCGAAUCCGGACGGCAGCACAAGCGAGCGAUUGUUGUGGGCUCGUGCAACUCCUCCCACGAUAUCUGCCAGGACUACUUUGAGAAGGGCUACGAUAUUACCAUGGUGCAGCGGUCCAGCACCUGCGUCGUAUCGAGCAAGUCUAUCGUUGAGAUUGCGCUAGGCGGCCUGUACGAUGAGAACGGCCCGCCAGUCGAGGACUCUGACAUCUGGGUGUGGGGCACGCCUUCGGAAGUUCUCAAGGCGAUGCACGUGCAGAUCACGGUCCGGCAGGCCGAGAAGGACAAGGACACGCUCGAGGGCCUCACCAAGGCCGGGUUCAAGGUCGACUGCGGGCCGGGCGGCGCUGGGCUCAUGUUGAAGUACUUCCAGCGGGGAGGCGGAUACUACAUUGACGUCGGGGCCUCGAAGCUCAUCGCCGAUGGUAAGAUCAAAAUCAAACAGGGGUGCGAAAUCACCGAGGUCACUCCCAAGGGGCUCAAGUUUGAUGACGGCUCCGAGUUGGCCGCGGAUGAGAUCAUCUUUGCUACUGGGUAUCAGAACAUGCGGACGCAGACACGUCAGAUACUGGGACAAGAGACGGCCGAUCGCAUCGGAGACGUGUGGGGUCUAGACAAGGAGGGCGAGUUCCGCACGAUCUGGAGGCGGUCUGGACACCCGGGUUUGUGGAUCAUGGGCGGUAAUCUGGCGCUGUGUCGCUACAAUUCGAGGCUGUUGGCGCUGCAGAUCCAGGCUGCGCUGGAGAACAGUUUUUAG